AUGUUAAAAAGAGGCAAGACUAAGCAGCUGAAGAGCAUCCAACGCCCAACCGAAAUACGUGAAAAUGCGACAAAAAUCAAUAAAUCGCCAGAACACGCCUCGCUACUCAUCAUCAUCCCGAAGAUGGAAAUUCACAACGAACAUACAGCACAACGCCCGAAUAGUGUGGGCACAUUGCACAAAAAAAACGACUUUAUUAUCGUUGGCGGUCGUCCAAAUGAGUAUCGAUUCGCUGCGAUGCUCAUCUCAGGAUUAGAGCGUCCUCCAUGGAAAACUGGUACAGCAUACGGUAGACCAGCCUUGGCUGCUUGCCAACAUUUUGUUCGAUUGGAGCACACUAUCUCAAUAAUGAGAAUAGCUCCAGUAGAGUUAACGUUCAUCUACUUUCUCGCUUAA